AUGCUGAGAAAAGUACUGCUCAUCGUGACGGCGUUGUUCGUUCAGGACAUCCGCUUGGGUAAUGGCACCCAUCUGCACAAUCUCCACACGCACUCACUGCACAGUUGUACACAAGGAUUUCUCGCAACAUGCACGCAAACAUUGAUACAACCCACUGCCACGCAGACGGUUUCGGUCACCUCCAUGGUUUCUGUCACCAGCACGGCUUGUGCAUGUACCUUUGCAACCGUGCCUACGAUGCGUCAACUGCUGCCGAUACUUUGCCUGGUGGCACUAUGCCACGCAGAAAUACCCGUCUUCGAGAUCGGCUCGUUUGCGGCUGAUCCUGAAACGAAGGCGGCUCCGAGCAAGCAGCAGGAACAAUUCCGUGGGUACGAACUGAAAAAACCUGUCGAGGAGUUCCCCGAGCCGACUAACGAGUGUGUCGGUGGUCCGGAUGUUUGCGGCUACAACUACGAACCCCCGAAGUGUCCGUGGGAGGACGGUCAGGCACAGGCGAUCGUACAAACGAUGACCGAAAUCCGCACGGAAACCAGCGUCCAAACGGAAACGGCCACCGUUACUGAGACGAUCCCAACGACCGUUACUACCACGCUGACGACAGCGACUCCAUUCUGUGGUACGACUAACACCUAUCUGCCACCGGAUACGACUACCACACUGCCUCCAGACACGAAGACAGUCACCGUAACGCAACCGCCAGUGACAACGACCAAAACGCUGCCCCCAACUACGACCACACUUACAUCCCGAGGACCUCCACUGACGACUGAACGCACCGUAACGCCGACAACGACGAUCGUCAUCAGUAAGACACCCUACGUAACGUCUACGCGGACUGUAACGCCUACCUCGACCAACAUUAUCACCGCCAGCAGUGUGUCGAUCACCCGCACGAUCACGCCUACUUCGACGUUCAUCUCGUACAUGCCCUCGACAACGAUCACCCGCACGGUGACCCCAACGUCAACCAACUUGUACUACGCCGACUCGGUUACCGUCAACCGCACGGUUACGCCAACGUCCACUAACGUGUUCUACGUGGCGUCGACGACGGUCAACCGCACCGUAACGCCUACCUCAACCAACGUGUUCUAUGCCGGUGAAGUCACUGUCAAUCGCACGGUCACACCGACAUCCACCAACGUGUUCUACCAACCUUCGACGACGGUCAACCGUACCGUAACGCCUACCUCGACUAAUGUGUUCUACCUUGCGUCGGUAACGGUCAACCGAACCGUUACACCAACAUCCACCCGGCUGUUCUACCUGGAUUCGGUCACGGUGGAUCGAACCGUCGUACCGACAUCGACUUACGUCGUUACGCUGGACACGACCCGUACACAAACCCGCACGGUCACGCCAACAUUCCUGGUGCAGCACACGGCCGACACGGCAACCGUUACAAGAACCUUAACGCCGUCGUACGUUGUCACGGAGAGCGUCCCGACGGUAACGCUGACACGUACCUUCACACCCUCGAGUGUCCUCACGACUACAGCAUCCUCGACGAACGUCAUCACGCGAACCGUUACGCCACAGGCAACUAGCACCACCACCAUUCAGGCACCGGUACGCACGAUCACGCAAACCGCAUCGACGACCGUCACCGUUACACCGAAACUCUCGGUAACGCCGACCAUCUACUCGACCGUUACGCUUCCACCGGUUACUAAGUCGGUGUGCGAACCAGCUCGCACGUACCUGCCCGAUCCAGGUGUUACUACCAUCACGCGCACGCAGACCGAAACGAAGACGGAAGUGUCCACCACGACACUGAUCGCGUGCACGCCGACCAACGCGUACCUGCCGGUGAAGGAAACUGUGGCCGCCAACCAACUGUCCCCGGCAUUUGCACGCGUUCCAGGACUACACCGCGAGGUCCUGCCGCCUCAGGACGAAGAUCCAGGUCACAACUUGAUCUGGAAUGCCUAGAAUGGUGCGGUGAAUCCCAGCCAGUGUGAUGUGCAGGAGAUUAGUGGACGAGAAGCAGAAAGCGAGAUGAAACAAAUACUCAAUACCUUCGUUUGCUAGGUGUGGCGUCGGAAGAGCCACAGCCCGGUGAUUAGUUGUAGGCACGUCGCUAGAACCAUAAAAAAACCCCAAAACAAAAGCAUAAUGUACAUAUAAACCCCUACCCGGAGGAGAAGGAGGAGAAGAACUGUCGAUCGUCGGAAUUGUUGCAUCCCCCCGUCUGUCCCCACACUCUCUCUCUCUCAGGAUUUCUCUCUCUCUCUCUCUCACUCCGGAAUUGGCUAUUGCGUGUCCUGUCGAGCUGCGAGCGAAGAUGCGACCGUAGCCGACUAUCAGAACUGGCUCGCCGGUCACAACCGGGCCGCUUUCACCCGUAGCAGCAACGAUUGUGAUUCACUUUAGCAUGUGUGUGUAUGUGUGUGUGCGUGUGGUGUUCUUAAUGAU